GUGCUGUACCGUCGUCUGACACCAAAUGAUCGUUUUUUGGUGAUUGCCACUGAUGGUCUCUGGGAUUGCCUCGAUCCAGAUACGGCUGUACGUCUGGUGAAUGAUCAUACACUUGGCACACAAACCCUAAAUACUUACGUACCGAUCGCAGGAACCACGCUGGCGCAGGUGCACGAGGAAUUGAAGCUUCGCCAGGAGGGGACGAGCAAGAAGCCACUGGAUGAGAACAGUGCAACACAUCUGCUCCGACAUGCACUGGGCGGCUCUGGUAGCAUUGCAACACAGUACCUGCGACUCAUCGAACUGCUUCAGCUGCCGCCUCAUGUGGCCAGGAGAUAUCGGGAUGAUAUCACCAUCAUUGUCGUGCAUUUUGAUCAGAAGUACCUCGAGGCUUUUCAGGAAGCUGCUGGACCUUCACAAGCUUGA